UUGUAAUGCAUCGUUUCUUUGUGAAAUCGCGACAAGGUAACGAUGCUUUUUUCAGCAGUAAUAUUGAUACGAAUCUAAUAUCCAUGAAGUAGAAAUAUUUUAUGAAAUAUUGAUUUUCUAAUUGCAAAAUGGUACACAAAGGACGCUCGUCGUGGUGGAGGAUAUGCAUACGCCUAAAAUUCACCUUCGUUGCUGUUUUCUUGUUGUUUGGAAGUACCAUUGGGACACAGACACGUUAUUCUAUUUCCGAAGAACAGAAAAAUGGUACUGCGGUUGGAAAUAUUGCAAGGGAUUUAGGUAUUGAGCAUAAAGCCUUAAAGGAGCGAGGAUUUCGUAUCAUGUCAGCAUCAGGAGAGUCGCUCUUCAAGGUAAAUAUGGAUGAUGGAGGGCUAUACGUAAACGGGAAUAUAGACAGAGAAGAGGUUUGCGAGACAACCAGUAUAUGUCUGAUAAAUUUGAAAAUCGCUCUUGAAAAUCCACUGGAGAUUCAUUAUGUAACAGUAGAGAUUCUGGAUAUAAAUGACCAUGCACCGAAUUUCAGUCAAAAAACAAAGCAUUUAGAAAUAGGGGAAUCUGCUUUACCCGGUGCGCGAUUCCAACUCCAGGCAGCUCGCGACCCUGAUAGCGGCAGUAAUUCAAUUCAGAGAUACAAGCUAAGUGAUAACGAUCAUUUUCGGUUAGAAGUGAAAGAUCGUGACGAAGACGGGAAAAUUCCUAUUUUGGUAUUGCAAAAACCAUUAGAUAGAGAAUUAGCGACAAUCGUUAAAUUGUUAAUAACAGCUGUAGAUGGCGGUAAACCGCCAAAAUCUGGAACAAUAGAAAUCAUCAUAGAUGUACUGGAUAUAAAUGAUAACGUACCGGUUUUUACUAAAGAUGAUUACACGGUAAGAUUGGAUGAAAAUUUACCUAUAGGUACAACAGUGAUACAACUGAACGCUACUGAUUCGGAUGAGGGUUCAAAUGGAGAGAUCGUUUAUUCAAUAGGUCAUAACGUCAAUAAUAAAUUACGUGAACUUUUUGAAAUAAAUGCGAUUACUGGUGAAAUAAUUGUGAAGGGACUCUUAGAUUUUGAGGUCAAGGACAAAUAUGAGAUCGAUAUUCAAGCAUCUGACAAAGGACUUGUACCAAUGACAACAGACAGAAGUGUAACCAUAAAGAUCGUAGAUUUAAAUGACAAUGCGCCAGAGAUAGAGGUGACCUCAUUUUCAAGUACAAUCCCGGAAAACUCUAGAUCUGGCACUACAGUUGCUUUGAUAAGUGUGUCUGAUUUAGACUCGGGAAUGAACGGGAAAGUUUUCUGCUCUAUUCUCGAGGACAUACCUUUCAAAUUAAUUCCAUCUUCACAUGACAGUGUUUAUUCGUUAGUUACAAUGUCAUCGCUUGACAGAGAAACUACACAUCGGUAUGAUAUUACGUUACUCGCAAAAGACGCAGGAGACCCGCAUUUGUCUUCAGUGAAAACUAUAACUGUACAUGUGUCAGAUGUAAAUGAUAAUAGUCCCGAGUUUUAUCUUCCCCCGUACACUUUUUAUGUAUUGGAGAACACUGUCCCAGGUACGUCGUUGUUUUCUGUGCCUGCCUCUGACCGAGACUCAGAUGAAAACGCAGUAAUAAACUAUCAGAUACUUAGAGAUAAUACCGAAGAAAAUAAAUAUACAUCUUUUAUCAAUAUUAAUUCUGAAAACGGAGAGAUAUACGCCCUAAAAAGUUUUGAUUUUGAAACAGUCAAAGCAUUCCAGUUCAAGGUUGCAGCGGUGGACUCUGGAAAUCCACCACUGAGCAGCAACGUCACAGUGAACGUAUACAUUUUAGAUCAGAACGACAACGUUCCAGUGAUCUUAUAUCCAGUCAGCGCUAAUGGUUCUGAUGAAGGUGUGGAGGAGAUUCCCCGCAAUGUGAACGCAGGACAUUUAGUGACUAAAGUGAGAGCCUAUGACGCAGAUAUAGGAUACAACGGCUGGUUAUUAUUUUCAAUGCAGGAAGUAAGUGACCACACUCUCUUUGGUUUGGACCGCUACACAGGACAGAUAAGGACCCUUCGCUCGUUCACAGAAACAGAUGAGGCUCAGCAUAAACUGGUCAUACUGGUCAAAGACAAUGGAAACGUUUCACUUUCAGCAACAGCGACUGUGAUUAUCAAAGUUGUGGAGCCCAAAGGAUUUGCAGCUUCUGACGUUAAAAGCACAGUAAAAGAAGAGGAAGAGAACAACGUCACAUUUUAUUUGAUCAUUACUCUGGGCUCAGUUUCAGUGCUUUUUGUCAUCAGCAUCAUCGUUCUGAUUGUAAUGCAGUGCUCCAAAUCUACAGACUAUUCCUCCAAGUAUUUACAAGACACAAAUUAUGACGGGACACUGUGUCACAGCAUCCAGUACAGAUCCGGAGAUAAACGGUACAUGUUAGUUGGACCCAGAAUGAGUAUCGGUUCUACUAUAGUCCCGGGCAGUAAUGGGAAUACACUAGUGGUACCAGAUCGCAGGAGAGGAACUUCUGGAGAGGUAAGAAAGUGUCACGUGUUUUUUGUCCAAAUCAGUAAUUCUUAA